AUACUACUAAAAAAUAUUUUCUGAUUAAUUUUUACUCAUAUAUACUAAAUACCCAAAGGUGAUAUCAUUAUACGGAGUAGUAUAAUUCUCCUCCAAGCAAAAAUUAACGCCGCAGGUUUGAAUGCCGCCGCCUCCGCCUCCGGUGGCGCCAAACCCCGCCGCCGUCCUCCACGCGGCGCUCCUCAGAUCCUCCUCCGAAUCCCGCCUCCCUCCCCCCCUCUCCUUCAACUCGCUCCUCGCCGCCGCCGCCUCCUCCCCUUCCCCGCGCCUCCGCUCCCUCGUCCUCCCGGCCCUCGCGCUCGCGCACCGCUACCCGGCCGCCGCCGGCCCCAUCGACUCCUACACCCUCUGCUCCGCGCUCCGCCACGCCACCGCCGACGAAGCGUCCCCGCUCCACGCGCUCGCCGCGAGGUCCGGGUGGCUCGGCAGUGUCUUCGUCUCCUGCGCGCUGGCCGCCUGCUACGGCGGGUCCGGCCGGUCCCUGGACGCCCGCAGGCUGUUCGACGAGAGCCCCGUGAGGAACGGCGUCUUCGGGAACGCCGUCCUCGCCGGCUACGUGGGCGCCGGGAUGUGGGCCCCCGCGCUGGAGUUCGCCAGGAGGUUUCCCGAGCUCGGGCUGCCGGCUGACGGGUACACGAUGACGGCCGUGGUGAGGGCGUGCGGGGAGACGGCGAACGCUGAUCUCGGCGCCGAGGCGCACGGGCAUGCCAUCAGGAGGGCGACCGGCGGCGGCAUGGAGUCUGACGUGUUCCUGAGCAGCGCGCUCGUUGACAUGUACGGCAAAUGCGGGCUCGUUGGACGCGCGGAGCUGGUGUUCGAGCUGGCACGGCGGCGGGCCGAUGCUUGCGGUGGCGAUGUUGUAUUAUGGACGGCGAUGAUGAACGCGUAUGGGCGGCAUGGGCAGUGCAAGGAGGUUAUCCGGAUGUACGACCAGAUGGUGACUCUCGGAGUCUGGCCUGAUGAACUGGCUAUUCUGGCCGUGCUCUCAGCAUGCCAGCAUGCUGGGGAGGUUAUCAAGGGGCUUCAGUAUUUUGAAUCUAUGCGUGCAGAUUACGAGUUGGUGCCCACACCAGAGCACUACGGUUGUGUGGUCAACAUGCUAUGCCGGGCAGGAGACGUUGCCAAGGCAUGGGAGAUCACAACCAGGGAGGGCUGUGGAAGUGAUAUUGGUGUCUCUACAUGGGGUGCUCUGCUCAGUGCUUGCCGUGAUCGUGGCGACGUUGAGUUUGGAAAAAUGGCAGCUCAGAAGGCAAUCGAAUUGGAGCCUACGAAUGUCGGGAUUUACGUCGAGUUGUCGAAUUUGUAUGCAAGGGCUGGCUUGUGGGAGGAGAUUGACGAUCUGCGGGAGGUGAUGAAGGACAAAGGUUUUGAAAAGCAUGUUGGUUGUACUUGGGUUGAGCAAAGUUCCUGAAACAACUCAAAAUUUCAAAGUGCAUCAUUGGACCACAUGAUCUUCAUCUGUAUGAAUGGAGUCAGGGAGGUGAUUCUAGUUUUGUUGUGAGCUGCCACCAGAUCUAAGAGAAAACCAAGUGAUAUCUGUUGCUGGGUCAAUGCUUGAAGCGUAAUCCUGCUGACACAAAAGAUUGCUGGGAUGACAUUAAGGGCAGGAAUCAAACGAGAAGGGCAGAAAGAGAACUCCUAAGAUAGAAAAGGGAAGAAAGGAAUGCAUUCCAAGCUUGCAUUCCCUUGGUUCUCUCAAACUAUAUAAAUAAUCAAGUUCCCUUACAUCUGGAUUGCCAAGAAUAAGCUCGGUAGCUAUCGAACAAGUUUAUGAUAGAUAUUUUAAGGAGAAGGAAACUAGCAACUUUGCAGAUUUUCAUAUCGCCUGUGUCGAUUUUUGCAAGUA